AUGGCGCAUCAUCGUCGUUACAAGAAAUCUGCUGGUAAUUACAUCACUUUAGCCCCUUCCUACGAGCUCGUCCUCUCUAAGAACGAACCAUCCCAAAUUGACUCCACUUUGGCAGUAACAGUAGAAGAAGGUCAAUCAUUAAAUCUUAAGUGCACUGCAGGUGAAGGAAUAGACGAGAGAACGUUGCGUUUUGAAAAAGAGCUAGAAGAAGUUAAAGGCAGACGUUCACCAAGAAGGUAG